UUUCAAUUGGAGGAUUUUCCCUCCGUUCCAGUAAUCAGCUCCUCCGCCCCCUUUCCUUACCAGAUCCUCUUAUUACUGCUACAAGUAUUGAUCCGCCAUUGUUGGCUGAAGUUUUUGAUUCGAUCGGUUGAAGAAUGGGUGAAAAAACAUGUGAAGAUGGUAGCCAUGAUGUUUCAGCCAUUGAAGCUAAUCCUGUUCCAUUUCCGCCACAGAAGGAAGGAGUUUCUGGUAACGUCGGAUGUAUGACACCGGAGAAGGGAGACGAGUACUUGAAAGGAAAGUUGAAGGAAGGAGGGAUCAAACAUCAAGAAAAAUAUCAAAGCAUUGUAGAGUUGUUUACUUGCUUGAUUUCCUCACUAAGGCUGCUUGGAAUGCGCAAGAAGCUAUCUACAUUUCACAAUGUAUCCGGUCAGGUGUCGGUUAUGAGUAAAAGAAAGUUUUUACACAGACAUCUAGCACAAAUAGUGUACAUCAUUCCAGAAGUUGUGACUAUUGAUAAAGUGACGAUUCAUGACAAGAAAACGUCGUGCAUGAAGUCGGAAAUGAUAAUCAGUCUUCGAUUUGAUACCGUAAAAGGUCACUCCGAGUAUUCCGAUUUUCUGGCGUUACACAAAGUUUUCGCUUCAAGGGUAGCAAAAUUCUUUGUCAUGCAUCCCGAGAAAAGUGAAGUUCCGGAGGCGGCGCUACCGGAGCCCUUCAACCGGAGAAACAUUACGUUCUCUCUCGAGCAAUCGACCUAUAAUUCAUCAUCUGUGCCAAUAUCUGUACAAACCGAAUUGUCUUUUGAAGACCUUUGUCCACAGUCAACCUGCAAGAGACAUUUCUCUAAGAAAGCUGUUCCUAAAACAGAGCUAUCAGAGCCUAUUACAUCUUCUGUUGCUGGUUUGCCAUCUGCUCCAGCUUGUAGUCUAAAAGAGGAGGAAGAUAAUAACGAUAAUUUGCUCGAAGAUCUUCCCGUGCAGUCGAUCUCGCCUCGAGCCACUGCUAAUUCUUCUGAGAGUCCUGUCGUCAAGCCUGCAACGUCUGCUUCUAGCAAUAUAAUGACACAAACCCCGGUACAGUCGACACCGAAAAGAUCGAUGCUGCCGAGUUCUGAUGUGAAAAUGAGGAAAACUGCAAGUGUAGGAAGUUUAUGUAAACCUGCAAAAAGGUUUCUCAACUUUUCUGGCAUGGAAGGUGAUAAUGGUCCAUUGAGUUUCAGUGUGGAUGAUUUGCAAUGCUAUGAUAUCAGGGAAAAGAGAAAUUUCCAUUACGAGCGUUACCGAACGGAUUCUUCUAGUGGAGGAGUAACUUGUGAAGAAUCGUCUUGCUUGCCCGAACUUGUUCGUGUUAUCUACAACGUUUUCAAGUCUGUAAAUUGCGCUUCGAUUACCAAGGAGGAGCUGGUGCACAAGAUUAUAAUGAAUAGUCUUGAUAUUACAGAGCAAAGAGAGGUGGAAGAGCGGAUUGAGCAGCUCGAAAAGUCGGUCCCGAGUUGGAUCUCCAAGAAAUCGACACCUAGUGGCGAUGUUACUUUCAGCAUUAGCGGCAAAGAAGACUUAGAAUCAGUGGUGGCAAAAACUGCUCCAGUUUGAGAAGCUCCCAAAAGGGUCACCACAUUGUCUUGUUAUGUUUUGUCUGUGAUGCUAUUUUCAGCCAUUGUUCUUUAGAAGUUAUUAAAGGCACCUAUGUUCUACACAUCUUACCUUAGAAAAUACAUUCAAAUCAAAACAGCCCCAUAAGAGUUAUUUUUAAUUC